ACAUAUAUAUAUACAGCUACUACUUACACAUAGCUCCCCCCACCACAUUUUCCGGUCCCCGUUUCUCCUGCCUCACUCAAACCAGUUUCCUCCGCCGUGCGCCGCCGGGGAAAACAUGUCAGUGAAGGAGUGCACCCAGCACAAGGAGCGGAAGAAGAAGUUAGUGCAGCGAUUCUGCGGCUGCCUCCUCAUCCUCCUCUUCAUAAUCCUCCUCACCAUCCUCAUCAUCUGGGCAAUUCUCCAGCCCAAGAAGCCACGCUUCACCCUCCAAGACGCCACCAUCUUCAACUUCAACGUCUCCGCCCCCAACAUCUUCUCCACCACCCUCCAGAUCUCCGUCUCCUCCCGGAACCCUAACUCCCGGAUCGGAAUUUACUACGACAACCUCGACGUCUACGCCACCUAUCGCGACCAGCAAAUCACCUACUACACCGUCAUCCCCGCCGUGUAUCAAGGCCACAAGGACGUCAACCUCUGGUCGCCGUUUCUUUACGGCAAUAACGUCCCCAUUGCACCCUUUAACGGCCCCCAGCUCAGGGAGGACCAGGCUGCCGGCGCCGUCUGGCUCACCGUCAAACUUAGCGGCCGUGUCAGGUGGAAAGUUGGGACGGUCAUUACCGGACGUUAUCACCUUCAUGUCACUUGUCCGGCUUACAUUCCGUUCGGAGUUACGCCGAGAUACGGCGGCGUCGUCGUCGGUAACGCCGUCAAAUACCAGCUCUCCCAGCGUUGUGAAGUCACCGCUUCUUAAACCCGAGUUAGUUAACGUCUCCGUCAACUGUUAAUUUAUUGCCCUGUAAUGCAGUAUUACCACUACCUUAAACCCGAGUUAUUUUGCUGUA